CCGCUGGCUUGACGCUGGGUGGCUUCUCUCUGCUGGAGCUUUGGUAUUUACAUCAAUAUUAUCUUAAGCCUACCCGCCGCUGCUGUCCAGCUCAGACAGCCAGACAGGGAGCCCAGCCGUCGGUAGGACAGCUCUUUAUUUUUUUUCCCCUCUGUUGCAGGGCGGCUGUCCGUCCCAGUUAGGACUUCUUUUGUGCAUUUUGGAGCUCUUUCCUAUGAUGUUGCCGAGUGAUCUCCGUCUACCUUGUGCACUGCAGUGGUGCGCAGCUUCGCCUGGAGAAACACCUGUGCGCCUCUCCUCUCCACUGGCCACAGUCAUGAAUGUUGAGUAGGGAGCAGAUAACCCUACGGCACAGUGUCUGUCUGCAUUUGUCUGCAAGAACAAGAGAGGGAGAAGCACCAAUACCGCACAGCCAGACAUCAUGCAAGGAGAAAGCUUCCCUCGCUGCAGAGAGCUGAAAUGUUAGGACUGAAGAGCGAGUGUGUCAGAUCAAAUCAGCAGACUGUUUACAUCAGGGAGGGCGAUAAGAGCUGCUUGACACCAGAGACAAUAACGCCCUGUGUGUGGUUUAAGGCCCCUUUCAAUCACAGUCGAGAAAAGACACGUUAACUGACCCUUCAUCAGCACUUUAUAGUUCCGUCCGAUUCAGCAGUCCAGAGACGAGCCCAAAUGGAGUGGUCACUAGAAAGCGUGAGGGAGAUGGUGGCAGGAGGGAUGCAGUCUAUAAGGGAGUGUGAGAUCUGUGCUUUUGCCAUAGCCAUGUGUGUGCUGCUGCUGUUCAUGUGGUAUUGUUACAGGGUGGGCCGGGAGCACGGCUCCAGCCCCCUGCGCGGGAGGUACCUGGCCGGGCCUGGGCGGAUCGGAGGGGUGGUGGGGGGUUUCAUGAGUUCAGACUGCCGCGGCAGGGGCAAAGGGAAGCAUGGGUCACUGCUGGAGGAGCAGAACGGCUUCGCUUUCUGCCAGUCGUCGGAGUGCUUCCGCUGCACGAGUGCAGGGGAGAGUCUGAACCAGAGGCUCUAUCACAGCCUGCAGGAUUACGCCAAGCGCUACACCUGGUCAGGUAUGGGCAGGGUGCACAAAGGAGUCCGAGACCAAGGGCGAUACCUUAACAGCCGGCCCACCAUCCAGCGGCCAGAGGUGUUCUUCCUCCCCGACCUGCCGUCAGCCCCUUUCUUCUCCAGAGAGGUGCAGAGACAUGACGUGGAGCUGCUGGAGCAGAGCUUCCCUGCCCUCCUGGCUGAGUUUGAGAGCAUCUACCACCAACCUCCGGCCCGCAGUGGCUCCUCGCUGCCACCAGGCUGGAAGGCCAACAGCACUCCUCGUGGGCAGUGGUGGACCUACUACCUGGUCAACCAAGGCACCCCUCUGGUUCUGAAUGUCAGGAGAUGCCCUCGGGCCUGGAGGGUGCUGGGCCAGCUGCGCACCUUCAUCGCCAACAACGUGUUUGGAAACGCCUGCUUCUCUGUGCUGACGCCUGGAGCUCUCAUCACCGAGCAUUACGGUCCGACAAAUGUCAGGCUGCGCUGCCACCUGGGUCUCAGAGUGCCCCCUUCCUGUGAGCUGGUCGUCGGUGGAGAGCCACAGUGCUGGUCUGAGGGCAGCUGUCUGCUUUUCGAUGACUCCUUCCUCCACAGGGCUUUCCACGAGGGCGGCGCAGAGGACGGCCCCAGGGUGGUCUUCAUGGUGGACCUGUGGCACCCCAACGUGGCCGCUGCCGAGAGACAAGCCUUGGACUACAUUUUCACUCCGGGCCGUUUGGAGGACAAGGAGGGAAAAUAGGUGUGAGUGAGAAACCAUGUCCGAGCAAGCAAGCAACAGAUGGCAUUUAGGGAAGUGUCUGUAGGAUUGGGGAGCAACUCUUCUUCUGCCUCCAGACCAGCUCUCACAUUCACUGUGUACAUAAUCUCCGGCUCAUCCAGUGUUACUCAUAACUCUUCUUAGCAGAUGACCAAACAUUGGGCCUCUUUUAUCAAUCGCGUUUUUGUCUGUACAGUUGUGUAAAAUGCAGCCAUACUUUAAAUCCCAUACUUGCAUUUUGCCAGAACAUAGUAGGUGCACAUUAGUUCAUGCCGUCAUCUUAUUCAUGUGUAUUUAUACUGCGGUCGGUGACAUUUCAGCUCGGAAGUUGCUGUUUUUAAUUUUCAGUCACUGAAUGUUUCCUGGCGUGUACAUGAAUGAACACUAAGAAUGUUAUUUCACAUUUCCAUUUUUCCAUCCUCUAACUUCGGGCCAAUUCUGAAAAUGAUUUCUAAGAUUCUAUGUGCUGCUCACAUCACAUUUAUUUAGGUUGUUAUUUAAGCUGAUACAGAGCAAAGUGCAUUACAGACACGUUAAGUGGCUCUUAGGGAGCCAAACAAUAACGUAUCACUCUGUUGCUGUUAUGCUUUACAGCAUAUAUAGGUCUAAAGGCCAAACUAUUCUAUUAGCUAUAAAUGAACUGGAGUCACUGAAUCGGGGCCAGUUUUACUCUGCUGUAUUAUAGUAGGCCAGUAGAAAUAAUAUGAGGGUAACUUUGGUGGUAGGCAGCCCAAAGGUUAGACAACUAGAUUAAUAACUAGAAAUUUGCUGGUUGGCUGUAUCCAGUCAUCCAGUCAGUAGAAGUUAGAAAUAGUACUGGUAUUUUUUGUGUAUUUUUUUUCAUUGGCGAAAGAAACAAAAAAACCCAAAUGUUUAUUAUUAAAGGCCCCCUGUGAAAAUCUUUUUUUUUUCUCAUGCUAAUAUGUCUAUAUGGUGUUUUUUAUAUGCAGUAAGACACAUCAUGAGCAAAAUAAGCAAUCAACACCAUUUCCACCUUAAAGCUGCAGUGUACCGAUAACACGAAUUCAAACUUUUGAGUUUCACACGUAACAAACCUAAAGCUUUUAGAUUUCUGUAUCUUUAUCCUUCUUCAGAAUCACUUCCCAGUUCCGAGAUGUAUGCCUGAAGUACUCCAAUAUUCCACUUGUUUUUGUGUUGUAUAGUUUCACAGUGUUUGAGCAGAGUGGUAGGUGAGCUGGUGUGCUCGAGCUGCAGCGAGUGGCAAAGGGGUGAGUGGAGACAACAGCAGGGACUUUAUAGAUCUGCACAUUCUAGAGAAACUGAUGUGUAAACAUACAACUAAGCCAUUUUAAGACAGAAAGAAUUUACUUUAUUGUGGAAAAAAAUCCAAAUAUGUGACUCUGGUACACAGAAGCGAGUUUUUCGGGAUUUAAUCCGUGACCGGAGAGGGACUUUGAGACGCACAAAUGGGUGGGCUAAACACCCCCCUGUUCAGAACUACGUGGCACUAAGUUAGCAUUCAUGAGCUCCGGCUUAUUCCCAGGACUUAAGAAGGGCACAUGACGACAUGUAACACCUGCAUACAUUUCUGCAAGGGCUAAGAAAUUUGGUAAUUUUUUAUAUUCCUCUGCAUGUCCAGUCACACUUAAAAUUUUGAUUCAAAUCAAGACACCCAUUGUCUGAGAGUUUGCACGAACACUUUCAUAUAUAGGAUACACUUUAGAUUGUUUACAUUUUUAUGAAUGACUGGACACUCUCCUGCUUGCAGAAUGUUGAUAUGCUGUGAUUGUAAUGCACAUUAUGAUUUAUACAAAGCCACAGCCUAAUUAUUGAUCAAGUGAAAGAAGUACCGCUUUAGUGAUUGUCAGCCAAUUGUGCAAAAGUGAAUUUAACAAUUAGUGCAGAACCAAUAAAUAAGCAAUGCACGGUCCUUCUUUAAAUUGAAUUUUGGACAAAGGAUGCACUGUACGACAUUCUUCCUAAACUGCCAACUGUUCCAUAGAUAUCUAAACAAAAUGCAUUGCAAAUAGUGCUGCGACAGUGUAAUAAUAGCUACAGCUGUCUUAUCAAUAUCAAAGUGAACAGGUUUAUCUGUGUGUAGUUUGGUAACUGAGGUCCAAUGUCGAUCAUAAUUUGAAUGUUUACAGACGCAGCUAAUGUCUCUAUCAUGAACCCUUCCAGUGUGGUAGUUAAUUGUGCUCCCCCUUUGAGAAUCAGUCCUGCUUUCACAAGACAUGGUUAGAUAAGCACAUUUUUAGGUCAAACUGUGUGAGUCGGCCUGUGCUGUAACACUGGAGAUGAAGCGUUUUUGGUAAAUUUACUAAACUCUUGUAAUCUGGUUGCAUUUGAUAUCAGGUUUGUAUUUCUGUAAAUAUGGUUGAGGUAACAAAAACAAAGUGAAUGGUAUGAGAUGUUUUGAGAUGAUUGUCUUCAAUGCUUUGACUAUUGUGUUGUCUUGAUUUCUAGCUAAAGUGAUUGCAUUUCAUUCCCCAUUCCAAACCCAUGAAGUCAUUUUGAUAGAUUCAAUUUGUAUAUUCUGUAAAAUGUUUAUGAAGUACUAUCUCCUGUUGUUCUGUGAUGUUUUUUUUUAAAUCCCUGUGAUUUUGCAGCACCAUUAUUAAAGCCACAGUCCUUCAGCAGCACUUCAUGGAUAUAUGUGCACAGUCUAAAACGAAUCUUCCGCAGCUUUACUAGUCCACUGCAAUUCAAGAUCCCCAUCUAUUCAGUUCUAAUGUUUACAGAGAUAUGAUCGUUUAUGAGCUGUUUACAGAAUCGGAUGGCGCUGACACUCACAUUGAGCUGUCUGUAAUUAGGUUUCAAAUCAAGAGUGCUGUUAAUCCACCUUAGAGUACGAAAACUGUCAUUCCCAAAGCAUUUGCUUUCCAGUAUAUGAUGGGGCAACCAUUUUGUUUACAUUUGGAUUAAGGAUUUGUCCUUUAACACAGUCUUGUGUGGAUUUUGAACAGUAUUUCUGUACAUUUAAUAAAUGGUCGAGUAUCUUAUUUAA